AUGCUUUUGGAUUAUUACUGCACAGACCAUGAUAUCAUUUGCUGUAGAGCCUGCAUAUCUAAUGAACACAGGCUUUGUCAGAACGUUCUCCCAUUGGAACUUGCCUCGAAGGAUGUUAGAAAGUCUGCACUGUUUAACGAUGUUAUGGAAGACAUGACGCAUCUUAUCACAACAUUGAAUGCUUUAGACAAUAACAGACAGUCAAACUUACAAUCAAUGGAGGAAACUAAAUCAGCCAUCACUAAGCAGAUCCGAGCAGUGAAAUCCAAAUUUUUGAAACAAAUUGACGAUUUGGAGCGUGAAUUAACGACCACUUUGUCAUCUCUCCAACGAAAACAUGAAAUGGAAAUCAACAAACAAAAGCAAGAAAUAUCGCAAGUCUUGGUCAAUGUUAUAGAAAAUAAAAACGAAAUGGAUUUUUUGAUAGAUCAUGGAUCUAAGAAUCAGCUCUUUAUAUUCUUGCGCCAACAAGUAACAAAUAUUCAUAGUGCUGAGGCCAAGAUUCAGCAGAUAGUAUCCAAUUCACAAGAAUUCGAUAUCACCUUUGACGAAAAGAAAGAUGGUAAGCUUGAGUCUUUCGGGUCACUGUCAGAGUUUGUCCAACCAUGUCAAGUUCAAUACAAACCAAAGAAAUUUCAACAAGCCCAGAUAAAGGCGGAACCAAUGAAAAACAUUGUAGGUUUUGAGAAGGAUACAGAAUUAAAACUUAAAAUUUGCGAAGAAUAUGCUUUUCGAGAUGUAUCAGUGACAGAUGAUAAUAAGCUGCUCUUUACUAAUGCAGCAUCCUCCGAUCCCAAACUGUAUGUCUACAGAGACUGUAAAGAUUAUGAGACAGAGAUAGUUUUUUCCUCCGCACCUCAUCGUGUUGCUGUGAUACCUGGUACGGACAGAGCUGUUAUAACUCUACCUUACGAUAAGUCUAUACAAUUUAUCAAUACGACAACGAUGACAAAGGACAACACAGUUAAUGUUGGAUUUACAUGUUUAGGUAUUGCUGCUGGACGUGACAGAAUCUACGUUGGUGAUACAGGUGGUACUAUCAAAACAUUAGACACUAAUGGGAUAGUUCUAAAAACAAUCCUACAUGGACUUCGUUGUAUUGACCUCAUAGUAUACGAUGAUUUACAAGAUCAGUUGAUUGUUAGAUGUUAUGGUAAACUCCUUUGUAUCAAAGUAGAUGGAACACUAGUUUAUAGUAAGGACGUUUCAGGAGUAGCUGGUGUAACACUUGAUCGACAGAGGAACAUUUAUUUUGGCGGUUUUGAGACUAACAAUAUACAAAGAAUGUCAACAGAUGGAGAAAAUUGUGAAGAAAUGCUGAACAAAGACAAUGACAUUUACCGUCCGUAUGAAAUGUGUUUUAACGAAGACUUCACAAAACUAUUUGUUAUUAAUAACUGUUACACGUCCGUAUGUGUAUAUAAAUGCAAGUACUUGUAA